CAUGUCCGGGUUGACACGACAGCCGUUAGCUCUAGCUUUGGUCCAACAGCUAGGAACCGACAUGAAGAUUUUAAUGUUUUCUCUGAAACUAUGACACGAAUCUGUGUUUUUUUAAAUAAUUGUGUUAUUGAAAGUCUGUUCUGUGUCGCCUGUGAGUCUGACACUUGAAGUUUAAAAGCCCUGGAUCAGUUAAAGCGGAGCUACAUAUCCAGCUAGCUCAUCUUAUUAUUUUUACUUUCUCUUUUUGUGAUGGACGGAGAUUUGCUGCUCGCCAUCCAGCUUCAGGAGCAGUUUAACAAUGAAUACGAGACGUCGUUGUUUUCACCAAACAGCUUCGAGGACUCGGGGGGGCAGAGCAGCAAGAAACGAAAGGUGGAGGUAUCUGUAGGUGGAGGAGGCGGCAGCAGCAGCAGCAGCGGUGUUGUCCCCUACUGGAAGCCGACUGCUCGACCCGAGAGGCCGCUGUCCAUCGUGGAUGAGACCUGGGAGACGCUGGACCCCAGCCCCGAUGUUAGAGCCAUGUUCCUGGAGUUUAAUGACACGUUCUUCUGGGGGAAACUCUGCGGGGUGGAGGUGAAGUGGAGCCCCAGAAUGACACUGUGUGCUGGUGUGUGUUCUUACGAGGGCCGAGGUGGGCUGUGUUCGAUCAGACUGAGUGAGCCUCUGCUGAAGCUCAGACCGAGAAAAGAUCUUGUGCAGACUCUCCUUCAUGAAAUGAUCCACGCGUUGCUGUUUGUGACCCAGAACAACAGAGACAGAGACGGUCAUGGGCCUGAGUUCUGCAAACACAUGAACCGGAUCAACGACGCCACAGGGACAAAGAUUUCUGUCUACCACAGCUUCCACGAUGAGGUCGAUGUGUAUCGGCAGCACUGGUGGAAAUGCGACGGGCCCUGUCAGAACCGCAAACCCUACUUCGGCUUCGUAAAGAGGGCCAUGAACCGGGCUCCCUCCUCCCAGGACCCCUGGUGGGAGGACCACAGGAGGACGUGUGGAGGGACUUACAUCAAGGUUAAGGAGCCCGAAGGAUACGGCAAAAAAGGAAAGAAGGAUGGCAAAAAGGACGGCAAGUCUUUGGAGAAGAAGGGCCCAGGAAAUGGAAAGCCUUCAAGUACAACUGCAGGUUCUGGAUUACAGGACAUCAGAAACAUUAUCCCAUUCAGCGGGAAAGGUUUCCUACUGGGAGGGCAGUCACAGACCUCCACGUCUUCAAAACCACCAGUGCCCGUCUUCUCUCCAAAGAAACUCCUCACGCCUUCACCUCCAGCUAAAAUCUCCCCAGGACUCUCCAACACCUUUACCUCCGUCAGACCGGGUGCCUCCACAUGGCAGAAGCCCCCUGUGAAGAGGUCUGUCAGUAACACGCGGGCUUUUGUCAACAUUAAUGGCUCUCCAGUGAGAAUCUCCAGAGCUCAAGGCGGCGGCGGCAGCAGCAGCCAAGAAGCAAAUCAAAUCAAACAAAAAUCAAUUGAAGACCUCUUUAACCGCACAAACUUCAGGAAGUCACUAAGUCAAACCUCUAACUCAAACACAGAAACUCAAAAAGAUUCACCGAACAAUUCAACGGGUGCUACCUCUGCUUCUUCCUUCUUUUCUAAACAACAAAGUAACAACUCAGCUUCCUCUCCAAAAACAUCCAAACCUAGUCCCAGUAAACCCGGCAGUUCUACGUUUUCCUCAUCAGGAACUAAAGGCAGCCCUGUGAAACCGACACAGUCCAAGUACUUCAAUCAUUCUAACAGUGAGAGCGCAUCAGGGUCCGUCUCGAGGAAGAGGCCGUGGGACGAGCGCAGCAGCUCAGCCAGCAUCUUCGACUUCUUCCAGAAGACGUUAGGCAGCGACUCAGCGGCGUCGAGGGAGUCGGUGAAGACAAAUUCCCCCGCAAUGCAGCAAAGAACUGCCACUGCUACCACCUCCUCCUCCUCCUCCUCCUCCUCUUCUGCUUCUUCUUCAUCAUCCUCCUCCUCCCCUGCAUUGAUGGUCAGCUGUCCUGUGUGCCAAGCAAAGGUGCAGGAGUCAAAGAUCAACGCACAUCUUGAUUCCUGCCUCUCCUAAACAAGGAGACGGGUUAGUGCAGGAAAGAGGACAUUCCAAUAAGACCGACUUCCAAAAUGCCUAAAAAGAGACUUAAGAAAUCUUGCUGUGUUGGGUUUUUCUGAUUUUUAUCUGAAGAUGAUCUAAUACUCCCUUUACGGUUUGACAUCUUGAAAAUUGAGUGAAGAAGCUGAUCUUUUAAGCUGCUUUCACACAUGCACUUCUUAAAAGAAAUUGCAAAUUUUAAGACAGCCCACCCCUGAAAUUUUCCAAACUUUUUAGCCACAUGUCCCCCUCAGACGGGAGGAAGGCUUCUCAGGAGGCAGGAAAUGACGCAAAACUGAUACUGAAGUCCCAAUGUUGACUUGAUAUCCAGUCAUAAUGACAUUUAUUGACUUGUUAUCAAUGCUGCAUGUUAUUAGAUGGAUUCAUGGUGUGAACGGGUUGAGAGGAAAAUAACAAACUGGGGAGCAGAAAAGAGUACGAAGCUGCUUUAUUCUGGUACGACGAUCACACCAGUCACUCACUGGUUGCGUUAUAUAAAUUAUUAACACCUCACCCGCUUGCUAGCUGUGAAUUUUCCUAAAUAUUAUCUGCUGUGUUCACACAUCAGCUCACUCUGACUUCAUGUGGAAAAUGUCCCGGGGAGCCGGCAGGGAAAAGUCCAGGUAAAAUCAGGGUGAAAAAUUAGUCCAAUUGUGUGCACACCUGCAGCUCAGUCUUAAAAAAAUUUAAUUUUCAGGAAUGUUUGUGUAUGUGUGAAUACAGCAUUAGAGAGUUGGACUACAGGUUUGAGUUAUUGUUUUGCUGCAAGAGUGAGAAUUAUUUUCCCCACGAGUGCCUGACACAUUAUUCUCAGACGACAGCAGAGUUUAACAGACGAUGUAUAUUCAUAGACUUUUACUUUCAUACAGAUUCAUUUCAUCAGCUAAAACAAACACAGUUCCAUUUUAUUCUGUCAGAAAUUGAAUCAUCUGAAGUUUACUUUCACACUCGCUGAAAGUCUUACUGGCAGUGUUUCAGGUUAGCAGUUAAUGAGAGUUGAAUGGUGUGAUGUCAAAGCAGACUAAAUAAUGAUUCUUGAACCCAGAAGCUGCUGUGUUAGCAGUCAGCUUAUUUUUGGUUCCUGCAGUGUGUGAUGCCUCCUCCACCUCUAAUCUGCAUCCGCUGCCCUUCAGACAGCAGGAGACGCUGACUGACCUCUGCUGAUCUGCAGGAGUCGGGUUACACUUUAGCAGGCUGUUUAUUUUCUGCACGUCUUCCCGUUUAUACUGCACCCGUCUGCAGUGUGAGGCAGGACUGAAGUAUCUGAUUUUGCCUUUUCUGAAGCAAUCAUGUUCUGAUGUUGAGCUUCUUCUAUCAGAUAUGGUCAAGAACAAUUAAGGAAGCUUUUUUACUUUGAAGGGACUGUGAUUACAAAAUGUCAUAUGUGCUGCUACAACAUGACAGUUUUAUUUCUGUAUGUUCAACUUUUAUAUGUCGAGUUUGUUUUAAAGGACAUUUCUAAAUAUGUUUAACUUUUUAUUGUUGAAUAAAAGUUUUGACCGAUUUUA